AUGAAAUUAAGAAUCAAAUUGACAAAGCUAAAAAUGAUUAUUACAAAUGCUAAUACUGUUAACGUUCCGUUGAUUCAAACCAGUUGCAUGAAAACUGAAUUUGAUUCUACUUAUCCAUCAAGUUUAAAUGGUAUUAUCACAUCCCAAGAUUUUUACAAGUCAAUAACGCAUAUUAAUCGUGUAUUGUUGCCUCCGACUCUAUUCCGUGCUGCAUUAUAUUUUAUACCAUUAUGGAUGAUUGUCGGAUUUUUACUCUUUGCAAUUACCGGAGUACGAGCCGCUGUUAAACACGAGUCAGGAUUUCCAACCAUCGUUGUUGUCGGAUUUGUGAUGUGGGGCACGGGUAUUGUAUUGACGGGUUUUGGUUGUGUAUUAAUCCAAAGCCAACGUCUACAACAACUUCGAAAAGCCGUUGCAUGCGAAUCAGCUAAAUAUUCAUCGUCGGAAAAACCGUGUACUUGGCGACUUGAUACAAUACCAGGGUGGAGAACAAGACAUCUCUCAUAUACUUUAAAGAUUGAUAUUGAAUCGAACGUUAUUCCAACUUACGUCGUUUAUCAAAAUGUUUAUCCACUCUCAAACUAUUCAGAUACUCCUCCUGCUUAUCAACAAUAUGACCAGUAUGGUACAGAUGCGGCACAAUCUGUGCUAUAUUAUAAUAAUAGUAAACCACAAAAUAAGCAAGAAGUUGAGCAACAACAGACUGUUACUUAUUGUUCGCAGUGCGACGUAGCACAAGUAAAAGAAGGGCAAAAUGAAUCAACUUCAUCAUCACCUUCAUUGAUAUCACGUCUAGUAUUACCAUUACAUAAUAAACGAUGGAAAAGACGAAAUAAGAAAUAUGGAAAAAUAGAUAAUUUUUCUGUUGAUUUGCAUUAUAAAAAUGCUUUAUCUUCUUACAAAUUACAAUUAUCAAAGAUAAAUGGUAAUCGAAAACUAGAAGCUGAUUUGAAUUCAUUCAUUGCUUGUACAAUAGCCGUAUUAGGAGAAUACGAUGAUGCUAUCGGAUGGUUUAUCAAAUAUUUAAGAUUAACAACAGAAAUGCAGAAUAAAUAUGACAAAUCAAUGGCCUAUUAUUAUUUGGGUCUUAUGUAUCAUUACAAAGCAAAAUUCAUGCUUAGGAAUUCUUUCAAACUAAAUAAUGAAAUAAGAAGUCUUCUACAAGUUUCAUUACUAUACUACGGACAAAAUUCGGACCUUGCAAAAGAAUUAAAAGAUCAAAUUGGAGAAGCUCGUGCUUAUGGAAAUAUUGGAAACAUUUACUGUUUAUUAGAAAAUCAUUCAGCAUCAAUUAACUAUUUUACGAAACGUUUAGAAAUAGCCAAACGGUGUCAUGAUAAAGAAGGAGAACGUCGAGCACAUGGAAAUUUAGGAAAUGCUUAUUUGAAAUUGAACAAUUUUGAAAAAGCAUUAAUUCAUUAUAGAGAAGCAAUGGAUAUUGAUAUUGUACCGUUUACAGAAACUGUAUAUACAGGUCCCAUUUAUUCAUUGAAACAAGAUUAUGAUCGAUCAAUAUAUUGUCAUCAAUUUCUUUGUCGAAUGGAAGAGACAUCUUUUAGAAAUCAGCGUUUCCAAAUAACAAAGAGCGAUAGACUCUCAAUGUUAGUACGUAUGCAGAGUAAUGUUUCUAAUAAAAUAAAUAAACAAAAAGAUGAACAAACGAGUCAACCAUUUUUGGAUCAAUUAAUGAAAUGUCAGAAAUCAAGAUAUGAAGAUCAACGCGCUGUUCUACCACCAUUACGAACAGACAAUGAUUGUUUUCCGAAUAAAAAAUUCAUUUCAAAAACAGAAAAUAACGAUGAUCUUUUUUCGUUAUUAGAGCGUGCUCAAUCGAGACGUAUAAAUGAUCAACGUUCAUAUUUACCAUCAUUUGAUUUAAAAUAA